AUGAUUCAGGUAAGUUCUGAUCUAGUGUCUGAAUUUCUCCAUAUUCUGGAAUCAUGCACUCAUCCAGGCCAACUGACAUCAACAUUUGUGAACAUCUCUCUGGCAUCACAAGUGGCUUGCACAUUUAAAAUACCAGAGGUGGAUUUGCAAAAAAAUGUACAUCAUACAGACGAUAUCAGAAACAUGUUUGCAGAACUACCAAAAGCAAUUCCAUCUUCUAGGGAUUUGGAUCCUCCGCAACCAAAUAUGGUAACAAUCAAACAAAUAGGAUUUCUCAUCCAUGGCAUACUCUGA